AUGGGCUCUGAACACGAUUCCAAACCAGAGACUUCUUCGUCGCCCGUAGCGUCAGGGUCUCCUCCACCCGUUACCACUCUGUCGGGUCAAGAUCCUGGUGAGACGCGCCGAUCGCCCGCAGAUGACGAGGACCAACAGCCAGAAGAGCAUGCGCCGCUCCAGGUCGAUGAGGAUGAAAUAGCUGCCGAUGAUGCAGACUCUACUUAUGGCUCUGACCGAGGCUCGGUCUACACUGCUUCCGCCACGUCAUCAAUCUACGACUACCAGUAUGAAAAUGGCCGUCGCUACCACGCUUUUCGCGAGGGCCAAUACGUCCUCCCAAACGACGACCAGGAGCAACAACGUCUAGAUCUUCAGCAUCACAUCUGGCGCUUGCUCCUCGGCGGCGCUCUUCACACAGCGCCGUUACCUAACCCAGACUCACCCGAGGAAUACCGCAUACUGGAUCUCGGCUGCGGCACUGGCAUCUGGGCCAUAGAAAUGGCAGAUGAGUACCCCAAUGCAACAGUCGCAGGCGUAGACCUUUCUCCGAUCCAGCCGGACUGGGUACCCGGUAACUGCAUGUUUCACGUCGACGACUACGAAGAUGAGUGGACGUACCGCGAGAGUGAGAGGUUUGACUACAUCCACGGCCGGGCGCUCAGCGGCACGAGCGCAGAUUGGAUGCGGUUCUACAAGCAGGCGCUUAAUCAUCUGAAGCCAGGCGGGUAUAUGGAGAUGCAAGAGUAUGAUGCGUGGAUCUUCAGCGACGACGAUAGUUGCGAUAGGGCGCCGUGGACGAUGGAGUGGGUUAAUAAGCUUGAUGAGGCGAGUAAGAUGUUUGGAAAGCAGAUCAAUGUGGCCAAGUAUCAUAAGCAGUGGAUGAUUGAUGCUGGUUUCGAAGAUGUCGUUGAGAGAGUUUAUAGAAUACCCAUUGGUCCCUGGGCGAAAGACCCGACGCUGAAGGAGCUGGGAAAGUUUGAGCUGACGCAUAUGCAAAUGUCGGUUGAGUCGCAUACACCGGCUUUGUUCACGCGUGUGUGGAAUUAUUCGCACGAUCAGGUUAUGGUGUUGAUGGAGGGUGUGAAGAGGGAGUUUCGAAGUCGUGAGUUGAGAUUGAUCACGAGUUAUCGAUUCAUCACUGGGCGGAAGCCAGCAGAGGCUUAA